GCUUCACCUUUAAGGCGGCGCGGGGACUGCUGGGAAAGCCGGCGGGAUGGAGGCUGCGGGGCCGGCUCCUGGCUGCGGGUCCCGGUAAAGCGCGGCGGGAGCCGAACCAGAGCGGCAGCCGGGCCCGAGCAGGAGGCAAGGCCCGGCGCCCGCCCGCCCGCCCCGCACCUCCCCAGGCGGCGCGACCAUGGCCACGAUGGUGAUCCCGCGGGAGGAGAAGCUGAGCCAGGACGAGAUCGUGCUGGGCACCAAGGCCGUCAUCCAGGGACUCGAGACCCUGCGCGGGGAGCACCGCGCGCUGCUGGCGCCCCUGGCCGCGCCCGAGGCCGGCGAGGCCGAGCCCGGCUCGCAGGAGCGCUGCGUCCUGCUGCGCCGCUCGCUGGAGGCCAUCGAGCUGGGGCUGGGGGAGGCACAGGUGAUCCUGGCGCUGUCGAGCCACCUGGGGGCCGUGGAGUCGGAGAAGCAGAAGCUGCGGGCUCAGGUGCGGCGCCUGGUGCAGGAGAACCAGUGGCUGCGGGAGGAGCUGGCGGGGACGCAGCAGAAGCUGCAGCGCAGUGAGCAGGCCGUGGCCCAGCUGGAGGAGGAGAAGCAGCACCUGCUGUUCAUGAGCCAGAUCCGCAAGCUGGACGAGGACGCCGCGCCCAGCGAGGAGAAGGGGGAUGCCCCCAAAGACUCUCUGGACGACCUGUUCCCCAACGAGGACGAGCAGAGCCCGGCCCCCAGCCCUGGAGCAGGGGAUGUGGCCACCCAGCAUGGGGGCUAUGAAAUCCCGGCACGACUCCGCACGCUGCACAACCUGGUGAUCCAGUACGCGUCGCAGGGCCGCUACGAGGUGGCCGUGCCGCUCUGCAAGCAGGCACUCGAGGACCUGGAGAAGACGUCGGGCCACGACCACCCUGACGUGGCCACCAUGCUGAACAUCCUGGCGCUGGUCUACCGGGACCAGAACAAGUACAAGGAGGCCGCCCACUUGCUCAAUGACGCCCUGGCCAUCCGUGAGAAGACCCUGGGCAAGGACCACCCCGCCGUGGCCGCGACGUUGAACAACCUGGCAGUUCUCUACGGCAAGCGGGGCAAGUACAAGGAGGCCGAGCCGCUGUGCAAACGGGCGCUGGAGAUCCGCGAGAAGGUCCUGGGCAAGUUCCACCCCGACGUGGCGAAGCAGCUCAGCAACCUGGCCUUGCUGUGCCAGAACCAGGGCAAGGCGCAGGAGGUGGAGCACUACUACCGGCGGGCGCUGGAGAUCUACGCCGCGCGCCUCGGGCCCGACGACCCCAACGUGGCCAAGACCAAGAACAACCUGGCGUCCUGCUACCUGAAGCAGGGCAAGUACCAGGACGCCGAGACCCUGUACAAGGAGAUCCUCACGCGCGCGCACGAGAAGGAGUUCGGCUCCGUCAAUGGGGACAACAAGCCCAUCUGGAUGCACGCAGAGGAGCGAGAGGAGAGCAAGGAUAAGCGCCGGGACAGCGCCCCCUACGGGGAGUACGGCAGCUGGUACAAGGCCUGUAAAGUGGACAGCCCCACGGUCAACACCACCCUGCGCAGCUUGGGAGCCCUGUACCGGCGCCAGGGCAAGCUGGAGGCCGCACACACGCUGGAGGACUGUGCCGACCGCAGCCGCAAGCAGGGCCUGGACCCCGCGAGCCAGACCAAGGUGGUGGAGCUGCUGAAAGACGGCGGUAGCGGGCGGGGAGACCGCCGCGGCCGGGAUGUGGCCGGGGGGGCCGGGCCUCGCGCGGAGUCGGACCUCGAGGAGGCAGGGCCUGCGGCCGAGUGGAGCGGGCCUGGUGCUGUGCCGCAGGACGGCAGCGGCUCCCUGCGGCGCAGCGGCUCCUUCGGGAAGCUCCGCGAAGCCCUGAGACGCAGCAGCGAGAUGCUGGUGAAGAAGCUGCAGGGGGGUGGCCCCCAGGAACCGCCCAACCCCAGGAUGAAGCGGGCCAGCUCCCUCAACUUCCUCAACAAGAGCGUGGAGGAGCCAGCCCAGCCUGGCGGCGCGGGGCUCUCUGACAGCCGCACCCUCAGCUCCAGUUCCAUGGACCUCUCCCGACGCAGCUCCCUCGUGGGCUAAGCCUGAAGGGGCAGCCAGUUGCCAGAGCCGCCCCCCCGGCACAGCCCCAGCGCUCGCAUGGGCCCGCUGCUCGUCCCGCCUGCCCAGCCCCAGGACCCCUGUCUUUUCUGUUCAAUCUCAGGGUAACCUCCCCGCGUCGUCCCAGCCUGAGCCCUGGAGGCCGGCCUGGCUGCCCAGCGCUGCCCCGUAUUUAUUCUCUCCAGCAGAGCCCCUUGCCAGGCCCGUGGGAGGGGCUGGCUGCUCGCCCCGCCCAGAUCCGGAGCCCGGAACACUAAGCCCCGCCCUCCCCCGGCCGUUGCUUCUGUAUAUAGAGAAAUAAGUUAUUGGCCGCGCCCCUGCCCUCCGUCCCGGUACUCCCGGCCCUCCUCUAGUGGUACCGCCCAGGCCUUAAUCACCCCCAUCGCGCGCGGAGUAUCUCCCGCGAGCGGCGCCGCCCCGCAGGGCUCCCUCACCUGCUCCCGGCCUCCAGGGGACGCCACCAGCUCGCCAUCGCCCGGUGUCCCGGGACGGAGAGCCCGGAGCCCUCCUCGCCCGCCGGCCCCGCGCCGCGCCCGGCCUUAUGCACUGCCCCGCCGGGGCGCCGCCUCCGCGCCUGCAGCUUCCCGCCGGGGCCGGAGGGCUCCCCAGCUGGGGUGGGGUGAGGCGGUCGCGCCAUUUUCAGAUGUAACUGGAGAAAUAAAGACGUUUGAAUCUGU